CUAACAUUGUACUUUGUACAUCCAGGUCAACAUGUCCGGAUCUCUAACAGAGUCAACGAGACUCGACAAGAAUGAUGUCAUCAACUGCCCUUUGUGCUUUGAGGAGUAUGACAAAGUGGUACCCAAAGUGCUACAAUGUGGACACACGUUUUGUCAAGGCUGCUUGGAAACAUAUCAACAAUCGUGCCAUUCAUUUGGACGCAUAAAAUGCCCAAAUUGCAGAAAAGAGACCAUGUUAAGCCACGGAAGAAUAAAUCAGCUAACUACCAACUUCCUUGCAAAGCAAAUAGUGCCAAGGGUCCAAGAUUCAAUCCAGGUAGACAUAUCUAGGGAGCAUAAAGGUAUAAUGACGAAUGACAAAGUGGAAACAAAAAAUAUCAGUACAAAUACUCAUACGACUAAAAAACAUAAAACAAAAGGUACGAAUACAGAUAAAAUGCAGAAAACAAUAAGCACAAAUACACAUAAACCUCCAAGUAGAUCUGUGGAAACAAUGACACCAAUUACUAUAAAAGAUUCAAUAUCUAUGACUGAUAAAUGCAACAAAUGCCAUUCAGUAAAACUGCCUUCAUCGAGUAUAAGACAUUGGUGUGUACCAUGUGUGACCGUUGUAUGCUCGAAAUGUACAAACCAGUUGCACAAAGAUCAUGAAAUCAUAGUAAUGAGGAGCAAACGGGUAUCUUCAAAAACAGACACUUGCCCAGAACACAUUUUCAGUCCUAGGAGAUUCAUAUGUAAAACAUGUGAUAAGAAAAUAUGUGACGAAUGCUGUGAAUUUGAACACAAGGAGCACAUAUUUGUGCAUGAGUUCCAAAAAAUGCAUAAUGUUGAUUCACUGAGCAGUCAUCCUCAAGGUCAAAGUCAAGAAUACUCUGAGGCAUUAAAAAAGGCUGAAAGUACGAAGCAGGGAGUUAUCAACCUUCGACACUCCGCAAUCUCAUAUAUAAAAAUGGCGAUGGUCUUCAUCAUUACAAGGUUUAAAGAUAUUCAUGAAAAUAAUUCAUAUAACACAAUUUUGACUAUUACAAAUGUUCCAUUGGUAUCAAACAAUGCUACUGACUUGGUUGACCAACUUCAAACGUGCAUUCAGGAAUAUAAUAUAGGCCGAGAUCCUACUGAAUUAUGUGAAAAGUUGCAUGAUAUAUUAAGUGAGUCACUAAGAACACUCGAUCUGAUUCAACCAAUUAAAGGUUUUAUACCUCACGUUCAAAUCAUUUUCAGGAAUAUUUUCAAUUUUACAAUGAUCCUCUAUGCUGUGUUCUGUCAACAGAACAUGGAACUUCCAUUAAUUUUAUGGUAUACAGAUAGAUUUGAAGAAUUUACUCCUCAAUUACAUGAAAUCAUAAAUGUUUUAGAAUUCAUGAAAGAACACUUAAAAAAUAUGACUCAAUUAGAAAAAGAACUGAGUUUGUUAAUUCAGGAAAUGCAUUCUGAACAGGAAAAGGAACAAGAUGGUCUCCUACUUAAGUUUAAACAGAGAUAUGAAGCUCUAAAUGAUGAUAAAAUGACAUUGGCUAAAGAGAUAGAUAACACUGCUAAUUACAAAUUAAUGUUUGAAAAACACAGCCGAAAAGACACAGGUUCAAUCCUUUACCAAAUUGUUUUUACAUGUAUUGUGUUUGGAUUCAUGAUCUGUUUUCAGAAAAUAACAUCCUCUGAUUCACAGUCAGUCAUAUUGACAGAAAACAUUACUUAUCGUAUUGUCUGUAAUUAAAAUGGCAGUUAGAAAGUUCAAAAUAUCUCCUUCAAACCAGUCUGAUAAGAAGUCAAAAAUCCUCGGGAAUUUCAGAUAUUUUAUGUUUUCUUGCCAAGUAUGUAUUAUUUGCAAUAUCAAAAGGAAGUAACAGCAUACUCUUACAAUAAAUAGAGGUAAUUUAAUGGGAGAGAUGGAAUAUGAAUUUUAUUUGGAGGGAAAAUAUGAUAUUGACCAAGGAAAAUAUCAUAUUGACC